AUGGCCACGGCGAGCAACAUAGUGGUGGGGUCGUACGUGUGGGUGGAAGACGCGCAGAAGGCAUGGAUGCCGGCAGAAGUACUCGGAGUAGACAGCAAGACGGUUACCGUCAGGAUUGGACGGAAAGAGGCCAACCUGAAGCUAACCCACGUGCAUCCCAAGGACCCCGACGCGCCGAGCGGCGGGGUGGACGACAUGACGAAGCUGGCAUACCUGCACGAGCCGGGCGUGCUCUCCAAUCUUGCGACGAGAUACGGCCUCGACGAAAUCUAUACAUACACGGGCAACAUUUUGAUCGCGGUGAAUCCGUUUCAGAGGCUGCCCCAUCUGUACAGCCAGCCCAUGAUAGAGCAGUACAAGGGCGUGCGCCUGGGCGAGCUCAGCCCGCAUGUGUUUGCCAUCGCAGAGACUGCUUACAGGGCCAUGCUGGACUGUGGCGAGAGCCAGUCCAUUCUGGUGAGCGGGGAGAGCGGGGCGGGGAAGACGGAGACAACGAAGCUCAUCAUGCAGUAUCUGGCCUACAUGGGCGGGCGGGCCACAGAAGGCCGAUCCGUGGAAGCACAAGUGUGUUGCAUGGAUGGGGAGAGCGGGGCAGGCAAGACGGAGACAACGAAGCUCAUCAUGCAAUACCUCGCCUACAUGGGUGGACGGGCCACCGAGGGGCGAUCCGUGGAAGCACAAGUGCUGGAGGUAGGUGUGUGUGGGCGGCUGUUUUGUGGCUUACUGCUCCGCCGGGAGUGCUGCUCGUUGAGCAACGGGGAGUAUGUGAAGGCGGGGUUGCAAGAGGUGCAGCAGUGGAUGCGGGAGGCGGGGGAGGAGAGCAUGGGGCGUGCGUGGGAGGAGCUGAGGAGUAUCACCCAGGCUGUGGGGUUUCUGGUUCUGCACCAGAAGCCUAAAAAGAGCCUGGAGGAGAUUGUGACAACACUCUGUCCAUCUCUGUCGACGCAGCAGCUGUAUCGCAUCGCCACCAUGUACUGGGAUGGCAAGUACGGCACCCACACCGUCAGCACGCAGGUCAUUCAGAUGAUGCGUGCAAGAAUGAGCGAGGAGGCGCGUAGCCCUGCUGCCACUGGCUCGUUCCUGCUGGACGAUGCCUCGAGCAUCCCCUUCGGUCCGGACGACUUUGCGCGCAGCAUGGAGGGCAUUGACAUUGCAGUGCUGCCGGUGCCGCCUCCCCUCAGAGAUAACCCCGCCUUCCACUUCCUCUCGUCACGCCCCUAA